AAUCGACUUCAACAGGGUUUUGCUUGAAUCUUAGAACAAAACUCAAAAAACAUGAUGAACCUUCAGCAUUACGUCAAUCACAGUCAUCUCUAUCCAUGACUGCGACUUCUGGUUUCAUUGUCAAAGGGAAGAACCCAUAUGGUCCUCAAUUUGCAACCACGUGAAUUCAUGUGCCAUUGUCAAAAUUCUAACUUUCUCCGCGAGCAAAUCAAACCCAGAUCAAAUUUACAGUCUUGUUACUAAUGGAUCAUCACCCCCUUCACAACACCCACGUAAAGCUCUUAGCUUUCGACUUGCUCACUCUCGCCCAAACCUCCUCCUCCGACCCAACCUCCUUCUCCCGCAACGGCCUCCUCCUCUCACGCGCCGAGGCCGUCGGCACCGUGACCUCACGCGACCUCAAACCCAACAAGUUCCUCCGCUUCACCAUCGACGACGGCACCGGCUGCGUCAGCUGCAUUCUCUGGCUCAACCACCUCACCUCCCCUUACUUCUCCCGACGAAGCCCACCAGAUGUUCGACUCAUUGCCUCAAUGGCCGCCCGUUUCGCCGCCGACGUCAGCCUCGGAGCGGUGGCCAGAGUGCGCGGGAAAAUCUCGAGCUUCAGGGGUGAAAUGCAGAUCACUGUGACCGAUGUUGUGAUCGAGAGGGACCCGAAUGCGGAGAUGUUGCAUUGGAUUGAGUGCAUGAGGUUGGCGCGGAAGGUUUACAAUGUGGUUGCUACUACUCCUUCCAAAUAGUUUUGUUUGUUGAACAUUUUGAUUUGUAUGAAGAGUUAUGGAUUUGCAUUGGCUUGAGUAUCAAGUUUCUUAUACUAGUUUGCCAAGAAUUUUGCUUUGUAAUUUUGUUUAACCCUCUGCUUAAUUUUGAUGGAUGCCAACAAGGGUUUGUAGUUUCAUUUUACUGCGGAAUUAUUA